GAUUCGGUAACUACACUGUCAGCCGGGAGCGUGGAACCUGGGAACGGUAAACUUAGAGCGGUCAAAAUUACUAUGACAUAGAUAUAUAUAUUAAACAUAGUCGGCGAAUUAGAGGCAAUAUAGAACAAAAGUGUGUUAGAGUUGUCCCAGAUAAAAUAUGAGCACGGGGUUUUGCGCUGAUAUAUUUGACGCCGGUCGGUUUUAUAAUACAAUAUAGCUAGCAAGCUAGCUCAAAAUUAGCUAUCUACCUAAAACACACGCAGGUGGGGAGACUGGCAGACUAUAUGAUUACUUUUCCUGUCCGAAUGAGAUUGUCUGUAGGUCUACGUUAAUAAUUUUGCUGUACAACGUGAAUCCAUCAAACGUUUUUUGAUGUAACGCGUGAUUUUGGGAUGUUCUUCUGGUGAAGAAAUUUGGAUUUCACAAGAAAACUGAAAGCACAUAGUUUUUGCUAGCUAUCUUGCCAUCAAGGUAGCGAGCUAAUUGUCUCCGUGAACCGAUUUGCUAGUCAGAUAGCAGGCUACCAUAAUACUGCUGAGGUGGGUCCUGUUUGUAUAUUGUGUGCACGAAAGCGAACGAAAGGGAGUCUUGCGGAGAAGAGCACAAUUAAUAUUCCGCCGGACAUUCCUGUGUCCCUGAUGGACGCGCAUCGAUACUGACUUGCCAAAGCACAGAAGAGACCGUGGGAGAAUCAGGAGCGGGGUUAACAUUUUCACUUGGGAUUGGGACUUCAAUUUAAUUGUCUACCUGUGACCUGUCAUCGUAGUGGGGACUGUCAGAAUGGCUGAUGAAAGGUAUUCAGCCUUGGAUGAAUCGUCGCUCCGGAACCUGCUGGACGGGACGGCGGACCUGGACGAGAGGCGGCUGAUCCGGUCGGCCAUCCGGGAGCUGCGGCGGCGUGAGAUCGAGGACAUGGAGGCGGCGCUGGCCAGCAAGCGCUUCCGGCCCACCCGCCAGCACCUGCACGAGGACAAGGAGAACCAACUCAGGUCGGACUCUCUGGACCAGCUCUCUGGGAAGAUACAGGCCAUCCAGGACAUUGAGGAGCUUACUGGACUGCUGCGAGGUGCCAGCGAGUACGAGGAGAGGAAGCUGAUCCGGGCAGCCAUCCGCCGGCUAAGGGACGAGGAGCUGCAGGGGGCUGCGGAGAAGGUCAGGGCAACCGGGCGGCGGCCGGAGCCUGAGAGGGCGGAGCCUCAGACCAGCCUGGGCACAGCGGACCCUGAGAGAGACAGCCUGGUGGAGCGAGAGCAGAUCCGAUCUCAAAUCAGAGAGCUGCGAAGUCAACAGAUACAGAGCAGAGAGCUUCACAGAACAGGCUCCAACACAGGCAUGGUUCUGGUCCUGGACACCCUGGGGAAGGAGGAGCCCUCAGCCCCCCUGAUGGCUCGGCAGCGCCUGGACUCGGGGACCUCCGACUCGGACGUGGUGCUGCCGCAGCGGCAGCGUCUGGGCUCGGGAGCGUCGGAGCACAGCCUGGGGUCGGCGCCCCGCAGACCCCGGCUGGACUCCGGGGCGUCCGAGAAGAGCCUGGGCUCCGUACCCAGGGUCAGACUGGAUUCAGGGGCCUCUGAUCGGAGCCUCGGGCUGGCCCCCAGGGCCCGGCUGGAUUCGGGGGCCUCUGAUCGGAGCCUCGGGCUGGCCCCCAGGGCCCGGCUGGAUUCGGGGGCCUCAGAGUGGAGCAGCAGCUCUCAGUCCAGGUCCAGGCAGAGACUCGACUCUGGGACGUCUGACUCCAGUCAGGGCCCGCUCCCACGGCAACGGCUGGGCUCCGGUGCCUCCGAUGGAAGCCUGCUGUCACGGAAACGGCUGGAUUCGGGCACCACGGACACGAGCCCUGGCGUGUCCUUGUUGGAUCGGGAACCGGCAGAGGAGCCAGCGGCAGUAAUGAGCAGCUCCUCCAGCACUGACUCAGAAGCCGAGGCCAGCGAUCACAGGCCGGCCCCGCCCGCUGCGGAGCCCAGUGACGACAGCUCCACCACUGACACUGACCGUGAGCAGCCACAAAGCACCAAUCAGAGGCCCGCCCUUGCCAUCGUGGAGCCCAGCGAGGACAGCUCCACCACAGACACCGACCGCGAGCAGCCUGAUGGGGCAGUCCUCUCCAGAAAUGCCCCUAGUUCCCAUACCAACCUGCUGAAUGGCAGCUCAAGGGCCAGGGAUGAUGUGCAAGAGCGGAAGACUACAGGGACCAGAGACACACCGUUCAAAUCCCUCUACAAUGGCAAAGAGUCAGCGCCGGAGAAGAAGGACCUGCUCCCCUCGGCCUUCAGCCGGGCCAACUCCGUGCGGGACCGCGUGCGCAAGUUCACUGAGAGCAGCCCCAGCGCGGCGGCCCAGAGGAGAGGCUCGCUGAAGAGCGGGGCAGCCCCCAGCGCCCGCAGCCAGACGCCCGUGUCCCGCGUCACCCGGCUCUUCGAGGGCCAGGGCCCGAGCAGGGACAAGGCGCGGGAGGCAGAGAGGGCCGACAGACCCCGCGUGGGCUCCGCGUCCUACUCCUCCUCCUCUUCCUCAGAGUCCGCCGAAGGUCUGCUCCAGCGGCGAGCCGGCGAGCGUCCAGGGGCGCCUGCCUGCGGCCACACCCCCGCCCCCUCCCAGCAGCACCCGCCCAACGGCCAAUCGCUGAGCUCCGGGGGCGGAGCCUCUGGGCGUGCAGAAAAGCUCAUCCACCCCUCGGUCAGCUCAGAGGAAGCCAACGUACCCGCAUCGCCAGCCUCAGCAGGGGACAGCGCAGCACACAGCGUGGGAGAGGAAGACCCCGACAUGAAGACCUUCUUCACCAUCGAGAUCAAGGAUGGGCGCACCACCACCACCAGCAACGCGCCCCCGCGGAUCAGCGCCAGCACCCCUCCCCGGAUCAGCGCCAACACUGUGGGACAGAGGGCAGAGCUCACUCUGGGCCUGAGAGCGACGCCUUUCAAGAUCACCUCCUCCAGCCUGUCCUCCGGCCCCUCCUUCAAGAUGGAGACGGAGCCCGUGGUGGCGGCUGAGCCCUCCAUACUGACCACCAGGGAGGCCCCUGCUGUGCCCAACGGCUCUACAGAGGCCCAGGCCAAAGUGGAGGAAUGCUCCGGCAAACUGACCGCUGAGCAGCUGGCCGCCAUCGAGGAUGAGGAGGUCCUGGAUAAGAUGCUGGACGAGUCAAAGGAUUUCGAGGAGAGGAAGAUGAUCCGGGCUGCCAUGAGGGAGCUGCGAAAGAGGAAGCGAGAGGCUCUGCUGGGAUUCACUCAGGAGGAGAUAGACCAGAGGGAGCGGGAGAGAGAGUCCCGCCUGCAAGACCUGCGGCAACAGAGGGAGGAGCGGGCGAUGAAGAGCCGGCCAGGAGGGGGUGCCACGGAGGUGGUGACGAAGAAGGCAGAAAAGUCAGCUGACGGCUCCACCCUGAGCCAGAUCACCAAGACCGACCGCUUCGCCCAGUCUGAUGAUGGCAGCCGGUCCUCUCGCAGCACUAUCAUGGAGGCCAGCUAUACGCAGAAGUCUGACAAGGGAACCGUCCAGACUAAGUCCUACAGCUACUCUUCCUCCUCCAGCUCCACCACCAAGAAAGUGGGCAGCGUGUUCGACCGUGAGGACGACUCGUCCUCGCGCAGCGGCGGUGGGCUGGCCGCGCUGGAGCGCCGGCAGGCGGAGAGGCGCAAGGAGUUGAUGAGGGCGCAGACGCUGCCGAAAACCUCGGCCACGCAGGCCCGGCGGGCCAUGAUCGAGAAGCUGGAGAAGGAGAGCGGAGGCCCAGCAAACGCGGCCGUCGCCCGGGUCAACAAGGUGCAGCGCUCCACCAGCUUCGGGGUGCCCAACGCCAACUCCAUCAAGCAGAUGUUGCUGGACUGGUGCAGGGCCAAGACCCGUUCUUACGAGAAUGUGGAUAUUCAGAAUUUCUCCUCCAGCUGGAGUGAUGGCAUGGCUUUCUGUGCACUGGUGCACAAUUUCUUCCCCCAUGCCUUUGACUACUCUGCUCUCAGCCCCAGCAACCGCAGGCAGAACUUUGAGGUGGCCUUCAGCACGGCAGAGAAGCUGGCUGACUGUCCCCAGCUGUUGGACGUGGAGGACAUGGUGCGGAUGCGUGAGCCGGAUUGGAAGUGCGUUUACACGUACCUCCAGGAGUUCUACAGGGGCCUGGUGCAGAAAGGCCUGGUUAAAACCAAAAACUCCUCCUAGAGUCGCGCCCCUCGCCCCGACAAAAAUUAAGACGAAUGGGCCUUCGCUAAUUGUAUGCCCCUGCUGGAGGUGGAGGAUAUGAUGAUCAUGGGCAAGAAGCCCGACUCCAAGUGCGUCUUCACCUACGUGCAGUCACUGGUCAACCACCUGCGCAGGUACGAGAUGACCUGCCGGGCCUACUCCGACCUCUGACCUCCCCCGAGCUCAUCGCAUCCCUUGGACUGGGGACGAAACAACUUCCAAUCCGCCAACGAAAAAAACCCCAACCUUUGCCUCACAGUUCCUAUCCCCCCUCACCUGCACAACCCAGCUGACACCGUCCCCUAUCUCCCUCCCUGAAAUCACCACCCCCUUGUGACAGGGCUCUGAAGGCGAGUCGGAGGGUGUGUGUGUCUGUCAGGUGAUUGCUGCAGGUGUGUUUCGUUGGCUGCUCGUAGGGGCGUGAGGGGUCGGGGGGGUGGGCACGGCUGAACGAGGGACACGCAGACACGCUCUUCAGGAACCAUGUGCUAAUGCCACGGAAAACAAGCACAGACCGUGUAGAAUCCCCCUCGUCUUUAAAAUUCCAAAGGUGCACACCUGUGUUCUAACGCGAAGCUUUUAAGCUUUAAUUGUGAUUUUAUACUUAAACUCCGUGACCGUAUGAAUCCCACAGGAGUGCUGCCCACAUUUGGAUAUACUUAACAGCACCCCACCUGCAACGGUCACUCAAAAUGAGCUCCCAAAUCUGUAUGUCGCCCACGUGACCCCGAAUGGAAGAUGUAAGAACAUGGAUACAAAAUACACAUCCUCUUAUUUCUCCCUGCCUUAUUUGCCGACUUGGGGCAUUUUUUUGUACAAUUUGAUGCUAUUUUUAAGAUGCUGUUGGAGGAGUGGCAGAUGACGAUGUUGAUUAUAUCUGAAAGAGUUUCUAUAUAGCUUUAGUCUCCAUCCCCGGUACUGUUGCUGUUAUACACAUUACCAAAUCUGCAUGCUUUUUAAAACACACGUUUACUUGAAUUGUUUUUAUUUGUAUUAUUAUUAAUAUUAUUAUUACUAUUUAAGACAUUAUAAAAGCACUGGUAAGGAGAGAGAUUCUAUCUGUACCAUUGUUGACACCGGUAGACGCAUGGUCCCCCUUGUUUAGCUUUGGACUCUGACCUGUGAUCAGUAGAUUAACCCUGCUUGUGUCAGUCAUCAUUGGAACCACUAGAUUCCCGUUGCCUGGAAUACAAACUGCUUUUCACUCACUUUCCUCUACUUUGUUCCAGCUGAUCCAGAUACAUUGUUUUACACCUUACUGUUCGGAGAGUUGAGUCUUUCUAUUUUAAGUGGAGGUUCCACCGUGCACAGCAACUUUACCAGCAUCUCCUUUGAGUUCCUGAAAAGACACCAGUUCCCCUAUUGAUUGGAAAUGAAAUUAACAUGGUCCUAGCUUGCAGAGACCAUUUUUUACUGUUUCUAAGGUCCCAGAACCACAGGGUAGAGUACACAGCUCAGCAAGGGAUCUCUGCUCAGCCCCUUCCACCAGUGAUAUCCACAUGUCCACUCACUGCCAGCACAGCCAGAUAAACACACACCUUCCUCAUUUUACUGGGCUCUUAUUUAUAAUAGGGUAGCGUUUUGUAUAUUUUUGUUUUCAUGGUGAACGUAUUGUACGCUUUCAGGUUACUAUUUUUUUUUCCACAAAGAGACAAUCAGAAGUAGAUUUAUUAGUCCAGCCCAGUCCCUUUUUAUGGAAUAAUUAUUUUAAAUGGUAAAAAUACCUUUGUUUGAGGUUUUUUCAGAGGCUGAACCAAAGGUUUGCUCGAGUCACUUCUCUACAGCCUUGAACCCACAGAAAGUUGCAGUUCAUCUGAAUUGAUUGUAGGUGAAAAGAAAAAGCUCCCAAUAAGUUAAGUGCAAUGGUAAGAACAUUGACUAUAUCAUAAAUGUGAAUAUGAAGUCAGGAUAUUGUCACUUUGAUUAACUUAAAGUAAGUCUCAGGGAAGAAAUCUAUUACAGAUGUGUAUUACUGCUGUUAUAGCAAGGAUCAAAAAAAACUUUAAUGUAUGUAUUGGUUCUAAAAUUGGUUUUAAAGUAAUUCACCUCAUUUAACUGAUUAGCGGCUGCAUAGCAACUAAACGAUCCUUCUGGCCAAGGUUCUCUGGGCAAGGCUGUAGAGGGGUCAGGGAUUACGGUGUCUGAGAAUGUUGGAGGAACUGACUUGUUUUUGUGACCAUUUUCCCCGGGGACACCAGGUCCCAGGGAAGGGCAGUGCUAUUCGGGGCCUAAAAGGUCUGGUUUAAAAAAAAAGAUAUGAUCCUGUGCAUCUGUGAAGGACACUGUUUUGCCACAGUCUGUUUUUGGUCCAGAUGGAGAUGCAGUCAGCUUGUCUGCAGCUGAAGACUCAGCAGCCAAAGGUCUUCCAUAAGCUAGCAAGUCCUGUAUAUACCAGCUCCAAACACUUUGUCAUGAUAUCAUGUUUUCUGUACACCACAUGUCAAUGUGAAUUAACAAUUAAAACCAUUUUAAGAAACCAAAA